AUGAAGCACCAAGCCAACACGAUGAUGCUGCGAAUCGUCCAGGCCUUAACCUUGCUGAUGGCCACCACCGCCUUCUUCGCCCCUCACGCCCCCUCUGCAGGCAUCAAGCGCGGUGGUCCCGUGUACAACGGGGAUGUCGAGGUCAUCUGGCCUGGCAACAAGAAGGUGAAAGCUAAACCGGGGGAGGCCCUGAAGGCUGUCGCCGCUAGAGCUCGUUACACGCCUAACUACGGAUGUGAAGAGGGGAAAUGCGGUUCAUGUGAGCACAAAGGUAGCGAUGGUAAGAAGUACCGCGUUUGCAUCACGAAGGUGCCGAAAAUCGCCGGCCCAUUGACCUUGAAGCCCUAA